AUUCAAUCUUACACAAAAUCUAGAAAGUGAGAGAAAAGAGAGAGAGAGAGAGAGAGAGAGAGAGUGUACACUCCCAAGACAAAUGUCUAGGAGCUUGGGGGGUGCGUAGGAUAAGCAGAGUGACUGUGUAUGUGGGGUCUGUAACUCUGUUUCUGUAUUCUACUCAACUCUAUUACACAUGGUGCAGGUUAACACAAGUCUGAGAGUGUAAUUGGGUAAAGGAAAAAACCCUUUCUUUUUUAGCUUUUGGGUGUUCAUCUUUUUCAACAAUGGCAACUGCGCACGUUAGCAGAAGCAUGUUCAAAAUAGGGUUUAUUCUACUCUUCUUUGUCUUGUUUCUGGAUCUGGCCUUGCUAUCUUGCGCCAGGCAACAACCAGCUUCAAGACAGAAGCUUCAAGUUCAUAAACACUUGAAACGCCUCAACAAAAAACCAGUUAAAUCCAUUGAGAGCCCAGAUGGGGAUAUUAUUGAUUGUGUACACAUCUCUCACCAGCCAGCUUUUGAUCAUCCAUUUCUCAAAGAUCAUAAAAUACAGAUGAGGCCUAACUAUCACCCUGAGGGGCUGUAUGAUGAGACCAAGAUGAACACAGAGUCAAAACAGAGAGAAAACAGCAUCCACCAACUGUGGCACGUGAAUGGCAUGUGCCCUGAAGACACCAUACCAAUAAGAAGAACAAAAGAAGAAGAUGUAUUGAGAGCAAGUUCUGUUAAAAUGCAUGGAAGAAAGAAGCAUAAAAGCAUUGCUGUGCCUAGAAGUGUCCCUAAAUCUGCUGAUCCAGAUAUUGAUAAUGAAAGUGGUCAUCAGCAUGCCAUAGCUUAUGUGGAGGGAGACAAAUACUACGGAGCAAAGGCAACCAUGAACGUUUGGGAGCCGAAAAUACAACAAUCGAACGAGUUUAGUUUGUCACAAAUUUGGAUUUUAGGCGGUUCGUUUGGCCAAGAUCUUAACAGCAUUGAAGCUGGAUGGCAGGUUAGUCCAGAUCUCUAUGGUGAUAACAACACAAGGCUAUUCACAUACUGGACUAGUGAUGCAUAUCAAGCUACUGGCUGCUACAAUCUACUAUGCUCAGGCUUUAUUCAAAUCAACAGUAAUAUAGCAAUGGGUGCAAGCAUAUCACCUGUUUCUGCAUUCAGAAAUUCACAAUAUGAUAUUAGUAUUCUUGUCUGGAAGGAUCAAAAAGAGGGAAACUGGUGGAUGCAAUUUGGGAACGGAUACGUAUUGGGGUACUGGCCGUCAUUCUUGUUUUCAUAUCUAGCCGACAGUGCUUCAAUGAUCGAAUGGGGUGGUGAGGUGGUCAACUCCGAGCCAGACGGGCAUCACACGACGACGCAAAUGGGCAGCGGCCGGUUCCCGGAAGAAGGGUUUGGUAAAGCAAGUUACUUCCGAAACAUUCAAGUUGUCGAUAAAGAAAAUAACCUUAAAUCGCCCAAAGAUCUUGGGACAUUCACCGAACAAUCUAAUUGUUACGAUGUUCAAACCGGAAGCAAUAGUGAUUGGGGUCAUUACUUUUACUAUGGCGGCCCUGGUAAAAACCCGAAUUGCCCGUGACCCGUUUCACAUUAGAAGAUCUUUUGUUAAAUAUUUUUCUUUUUUUUUGUUGGAUCCAUGUUUUAGGGGGGUUCUAGGGGGAAGUUUUGGUCCUUUUUUUUGUUGUUUGUGGGUUUGAUGGGGGUAAAGUUUCUCAUAAGUGUGAAAGAAGCAGCCUCUUGUAAGUUUUCAGUGAAUCUUUAUUUGUUGAAUUUGCUGUUUUUGGGCAGUUUGUAAGUCAAAUGAAUGAAUGAAUUGGUUUUAGCUUUGUAGUUAUA